CGGGGGGCGGCCGGAGCGCGGGCCCUUCGCCGCCCCCGCGCUGCUCGCUGCUGGAGCUGCCGCCCGAACUGCUGGUGGAGAUCUUCGCCUCGCUGCCCGGCACCGACCUGCCCAGCCUGGCCCAGGUCUGCACCAAGUUCCGGCGCAUCCUGCACACUGACACCAUCUGGAGGCGGCGCUGCCGGGAGGAGUAUGGUGUUUGUGAAAACUUGCGGAAGCUGGAGAUCACAGGUGUGUCUUGUCGAGACGUCUAUGCGAAGCGUAUAAACCCACGCGUGAAGUCGGGACGGUUCAUGAAAAUUCUUCCCGAUUACGAGCACAUGGAGUACAGAGAUGUGUACACCUGCCUGCUUCACCGGUACAGACACAUUUUGGGACUGUGGCAGCCAGACAUUGGGCCAUACGGAGGACUGCUGAAUGUGGUGGUGGAUGGCUUGUUCAUUAUUGGCUGGAUGUACCUGCCUCCCCAUGAUCCUCACGUGGAUGACCCAAUGCGAUUCAAACCCUUGUUUAGAAUCCACCUGAUGGAGAGGAAGUCGGCCACAGUGGAGUGCAUGUAUGGCCACAGAGGGCCCCACAACGGCCACAUCCAGAUUGUGAAGAAGGACGAGUUCUCCACCAAAUGCAACCAGACGGACCACCACAGGAUGUCUGGCGGGAGGCAAGAGGAAUUCCGAACGUGGCUAAGGGAAGAAUGGGGACGGACACUGGAGGACAUUUUCCACGAGCACAUGCAGGAGCUCAUCCUGAUGAAGUUCAUCUAUACCAGUCAGUAUGACAACUGCCUCACCUACCGCCGCAUCUACCUUCCGCCCAGCCACCCGGACGACCUCCUCAGGCCUGGCCUCUUCAAAGGCACCUACGGCAGCCACGGCCUGGAGAUUGUCAUGCUGAGCUUCCACGGGAGGCAUGCCAGGGGCACGAAGAUCACGGGUGACCCCAACAUCCCUGCUGGGCAGCAGACGGUGGAGAUUGACCUCAUGCACCGCAUCCAGCUGCCUGACGUCGAGAACCUCCGCAAUUUCAAUGAGCUCUCCCGCAUCGUCCUGGAAGUUCGCGAGCAGGUGCGGCAGGAACAGCAGCAGCAGGAAGACGGGCCUGAGGAUGGUGAGGGCUGCAGCCGGCAAAGCCCCCAAGAGCCCCAGCAGGGCCCUGCCCAGCUCAGCGUGGAGCCGCCCGCCGAGAAGGGCAGAGAGCCUGGGGACGGAGGGGCUGUGGCUGCGGCCGAGCAGCCCGCCCAGUCUGGGCAGGGGCAGCCAUUUGUGCUGCCCAUGGGUGUGAGCUCGAGGAACGAGGACUAUCCCCGCACCUGCAGGAUGUGUUUCUACGGCACAGGCCUCAUCGCUGGCCAUGGCUUCACCAGCCCUGAGCGCACCCCGGGGGUCUUCAUCCUGUUUGACGAGGACCGCUUUGGCUUCAUCUGGCUGGAGCUGAAAUCCUUCAGCCUGUACAGCAGGGUCCAGGCCACCUUCCGGAACGCGGACGCACCGUCCCCACAGGCCUUUGAGGAGAUGCUCAAGAACAUUCAGUCCCUCACCUCCUGACGGCCCACUUCCCUGCUGGGGGCUCCCGGGGCUCUGGACCCUGCAAGCUGGGAGAGCAGCAGCAUGCACUUUGGAGAUCUGGUCUCUGACCAGAACACCCACCUUCUCGUAGGGGUCUUGUCCCAGCCCCCCGAGACGCUUCCUAUAGAGUGUGCAACACAGGCCUGUAUAGUUGUCAGUAGCUGAUGGGAAAGCUCAGCAUGUCUCACAAAAAAACAAAAGAAC